GUUGUAGGUUGUUUUCGUUAUAAGGUUUUAGUUUAUUUUGAUUUGGGGUUUUUUUUCAUUUUGAAAAUGAAUCCCUUUUUUAAAAGCUGUCAAAACUGGGCAUAUGUCCAAUAUGACCAAAUUGCACAUUAACAUUUCCUUUAGAAAUAGGCAACUUCCCUUAAACCCAAGAAUAUUUGUUGCUACAUUGUUAGUAUAGGCUACCUUUGUGUCAAAACACUUUCAGAAAUGUCUCACACAUAUUCCUGACACUGUAUGUGAUAAUCAGUUUAACAGAUAUGUUGCCAAUUUUGUCAACUCGGUCUGGUGAAAGGAAGUAUGUAUGUGCACAUUUGCUGUUUAGAUAUUAUCAUUGAUCUAUCUACACAGUUACAUCACUCUACAUUGUUUUAACUACACAGCAGUUAUUUUAUGUUAGUAUCUCUUUUAUCUCACCUAUGUGUCUCUUACACUUCAUGUUAUGCACACAUGCAAUUUCAUAGUAGUUUUGUAGUUCUAGAACUCAUCUCAUUAUAGUAGCAGCAGUGGUAAAGCACAUUAAGGAGUUUCAUCUUCAGACCAAAUCGAGUAGCUGCAGGUGUUGUGUUUUGCAUAAUGCCUGCCACAACAGGUUGACGCAUGUUUGUGCUCGAAGUCGGUAAAUGCAGGAAAGCCACAGUGGUGUCUGAUCUUUACAGUGUGCUGUAUUCUCCUACAGUUUCAUUUCGACUAGUUUGGCUCAUAUCUCUGACAGAUGUAAAGGUCAACACGCAGAAAAGCGAAACGGCAGAUCUGCGUUACAUAGGCAUCAUCUAUGAGCUACAAUGGAGCAGAAUCCAAAGUCUGUAAGAAUGUGGAUAAUCACCUGCCUUUUGUUCAUUUUGGGUCAAGCAAUGGAGAAUGACAGAGACUUUAAAAUGUGUGGAACAUGGCGGCAUGGCAACGCAUCCCGAAAUCUGAAAUCUGAUUUGAAAGUAGGUUGUAAGGUAAUUGAGAUUUCAGCCAAUGAGAGUACGCUCUCAAUUCAGGGGAGUAUCACAGCCAAGUGCACGCGAUCUUCAUCCAUUCCUCUAGAAUCAAACCCUCUUCAAAAUCCAAGUCAUUUCUGUGUGUUCUGGGAGCCGCUGCUGGACCUGAUGAUAGUGGAGGUGAAUGGAAAGAAAUACACUCUGUGUGAAUCACAUGGCCUUCAAGGAACCUGCUGCACUGACCUCUCACUUGAGGAUCAAAAAAUUGCCACUCUGUAUGGUAUCGAGAAUGGCAGCAUCCACGGCGAUACCAUCAGCUAUAAUGUCAUGGAACUAUAUAGAUUUCGAGGAGAUACAAUCAACUGCAAGGAGAAAUUCUGUGAUGAGGCAAGUCAGAAGCGCAGUGGAGCAAACAUGAUAGAGGAAGUAGUGAUGAAAUCCAAUAAAACAGGUCGUGUGGAUCUACCUUGUGCUCAGAGCACAAUCAUUGAGAUUAAAGAAGGUUUCACAGGACUCAAUUUCACUCUGCCAGCUCCUCGAACCGUUGCACCAAACAUGACACCCACCGUUUAUCUUCCCUCCUGUCUGAAAUCCCAAUCAACGAUCACAUCCAAAGUGGUGUGUACUUACUACAAAGACAAAUCAUUAUUUCAGAGGGGAUCAUCUGAUGCAGUUCUUCUGGAUGACAUAGUUGGACUCUCUGUGGAGAACGAGAUCAUCAAAAACCUCCCAGAACCUGUCAGAAUCAGGUUUCAUCACUCUGCUCUCCCAGCUAACCUUUCUAGAAGAUGUGUUUCAUGGGACACAAGAGAAGAUAAUGAAGUGACCUGGAAAUAUGACGGCUGUGAGACUGAAAUCCACGACACAGAGACAGAAUGUCGCUGUAAUCAUCUCACAUACUUUGCUAUUCUUGUGCAAGUGGAACAGAAGGCUACAGUUCGCCAUCUAGAGGCUCUUACGUUCAUCACUGCUGUGGGUUGUGCCGUGUCCUUAGUUAGCUGUUUGGUUCUCUUCUAUUGGCUCUGUAAACGCAGUCUAUAUUCCAAAAGAGUGAAGAAAACCCAGAUCUCACUGGUGCACCGUGGUCUAGUGGUGGCGAUAUUUCUUCUGUGCUUGUUCUUCAUUCUUACUGGUACAAUGGCCAAUGUAGGAAAAAAAAUCGUUUGCCAGAUAACAGGAUCCCUUCUGCAUUAUGCGCUGCUCAGCACCCUCUGCUGGAUGGCCAUGGAAGUGUUUCACACAUUCUUACUGAUCCGCAAGGUGUUCAACUCAACUCUCCCGACAUGGAUAUUUUACUUGGUAGGCUUUGGUCUCCCAGUUCUGCUAGUCGGUAUACUGCUCUUGAUAGAGAAUGUUUAUGACGUGGAUAUUUAUGGCGAAAGGAAGAUUGUACCAAGUGAUGAUGUCAACAAUCCUUACCGCAUGUGCUGGAUGUUGGAGAAUGACAAGAGCCUAUUGGCUCAUUACAUCAUAAAUGUUGGCUUACUAGCUGUUGUGGUGAGCUCUGGAGCAGUCAUGCUUUUCCUUGUGGUGAGGGAGAUCCACAACCGACCCGACUGGAAGAAGAUUCAUGUGGCUUUUCUCAGUAUCUGGGGUCUCACCUGUCUGUUUGGCACAACAUGGGGCCUUGGUUUCCUGGAUUUUGGUCCUGUGUCAGAGACCAUUCUCUUCAUCUUCUGCAUUAUCAAUUCCUUACAAGGAUUUUUUCUCAUGCUGCGAUACUAUGCUCUUGAACGGAUGAAAAAGAAAGAUAGGUCCAUUUCGGAUGGGAGCAGUUCUGGAUCUUCAAAACAGCAUAUGUUACAGACUUAUGAGAAGAGUUAAAACUCUGGUGAUGUUCAAACUGUGUCUUUCUGAAACUGCCAAAUUUCACGUCUUUCAGAGAUGUUACCAUAAAAGAUUAUUCACAAAGGGCAUUUGUAAAGAUCCUUUCUCAUCCUGCUGGUCAGGGUGUUGAAUGUUCCUCAGAGGACAUUGCACUGAUAUUGGGUCACAGAGCAUCGGGUAGAUGAGCAUAAAUCCUUCACCUGUCAUAAGCUGUGUUUCUGUAUUCAUAUUCAUAGUGUGAGUAUGAUAGUUUGUUUCAGCCUUGCACUUUAGCAACUUUAGUCUUUUUUUUACUACUGUGUAAAAUUGCUGUAUUCAUUGUGACAUGUGAAUAGGAGUUCUAGCAAAUCACUUUUAAUGAUGAUAAAAAAAUCAUUUAAUUUUUUGGUCAAAAGUUCAAUUGUGUGAAAAAAAAGUUGAAACUGCCCCAAAAAAAGUGCAUUCCUUGUGUAUUUUUAGGAUCAAGGUAAAUGAGCUCAGAAACUCUGUAUAAGCUCUGUCAGAAGCAAGUUGCACUUUUGUUAAUUCUUCAGAGUUUUGUAAUGAAAUAGAGUAAAGCACAAACUUGUGUUUUGUUUCAAGUAUUUGUUACUUUGUAUGUGUAUUUCUGUUGUGAUAUUAUAAUAUAGAAUAUAUAAAAUCAA